AUGAUGCAAACUGCUGACUCAAGUUCUGAAUUUUCAAUCCCUGCAUUACCUCUAUCUCUAAUGCAUACGUUCAAAAGCGAAUCAUGUUCUACAUUGGAACAAGAAACGAGAAACUUCCGAGGUUUCGGAGAGGAAUAUCAGCCUAUGAUCGAUAAUGAAGAUCGUUUUACCAUCUAUCUUGAUACUUCCUAUUUCAAACCAGAGGAACUUGUUGUGAAAAUUGAUGGUCCAUUCCUCUGUCUUGAAGCUGUUCAAGAGUCCAGCAACGAUGUGAACGU